AUGGAUCGUUGGGUUGGCAAGGUGGCCGUUGUAACCGGCUCGAGCUCCGGGAUCGGUGCAGCGAUCGCGAAGGAUCUGGCAAAGGCUGGCAUGAUCACCGUGGGUUUGGCGAGACGUGUAGAACGAAUUGAGGCGCUCAAGAACGAACUUCCGGCUGAUGCAGCUAAGAGACUGCAUGCAUUCAAGUGUGACGUUUCGAGUGAGGCAGACAUUGAUGCCACCUUUAAGCUGAUCGAGGAAAAAUUCGGUGGCGUCGACGUGUUGGUCAAUAGCGCCGGUACUGUGCGUUCAAACAAUUUGCUCGACCAUGGUACCGCGGCUGAUCUGCGGGCGACGCUGGACAUUAACGUUACCGGACUGGUGCUCUGCAGUCAGUGGGCAUACAAGUCGAUGGUAGCCCGAUCCUUCGAUGGACACAUUGUGCACAUCAACAGUAUCGGCGGCCACCUGGUACCAAACCUCCCGAAGUUUAACAUCUAUACCGCGUCCAAGCAUGCGGUCACUGCCAUUACGGAAACCAUGCGCCAGGAGUUGCGUGACGCUGGGACGAAGAUCAAAGUGACGAGCAUCAGCCCGGGAAUAGUGGAGACGGAUAUCUUAGAACCGCUUGAAGGCAUCGCGGGAAUGCCUAUGCUGCAAUCCGAGGACAUUUCACAGGCAGUGCUCUUCGCGAUCGGUACUCCACCGCGUGUGCAAGUGCAUGAGAUCAUCAUCCGUCCGGUCGGAGAGCUGUUCUAG